AUGAUCAGAAGAUCACAAGUGCUUCUUAAUGCCGACUCAGGUGCCCUCAAACGCCGGUUAGAGCAGCUGGCUGAGAACGCGCGUUCCAUAGCCGAUGAUCCACAGGCCGGCACAAUCCCGGACGCCUUGCCCGUGGAUAUGCCCAAGUUGCGGUUCAAGCUGGAUCAAAUCGAGAACCAGAACUUCGACCACCAAUAUCAGAGAGAAAUCGGUCUCAGUAAGAUCCCCACGUAUGCGGGCAAGCAAGAGCGAGACAUUGCGAGUUCGAAAGUGUGGACGGGCAAGGAGUCUGUCUACGAUGCGUCUCUAAGAAUGCUCAACGACAAGUAUAAGCCGUUGCCCAAGGCGAGCGUGCGACAGAGGUUACACAACGCCCGCGACGGGGCGCUCGAUUACCAACUGGGAAAACUGUCCGACAAAACCAAAGCCAAAAAUGAGGACGACCAGUUUGCAGAAAUGUACAGAGAGCGUCUCUUGGGCCCCGCGCAGUUCCUUGGUGACUCGUUUGCGUCUGUAGACAACUCUGUGCGGUCGUUGGCCGACCAGCGGAUUCAGGAAGCGCAGCGGCGCGGCGAGUUUCGCAAUAUUCCCCGAGGAAAACCGCUCCCCAGAGAUUACACCAGCAAUAGCGCAUUUAUUGACCGCACAGAGUAUCAUCUGAACAACAUACUGAAACGGCAAGAGGCCAUGCCGCCGUGGAUCGAGAAACAGGGGAGUGUGGAGACCCAGAUCCGCCAAUUUCGGAACCAGCUCGACUGCGAUUGGACACUACAGGCCGUGCAUAUUGUUUGCGAGCGACACUCAAAGAAAAGCGACACAGACAAGAUCCAGAUUAUGAGCCAGUACGCCGAGGCAGAGCGCGACGACAGCUCUCGCCACAGGAAGCUGCGCAGCAGCCAAUGGGAACAAAAAUACAGCAAGUAUCUGGACGUCAAAUUGAAAGCGUUGAAUGACAGUAUCCGAAGUUAUAAUCUGCAGGCUCCUUUGGCCUCACAGAAACUCUAUCUAAACGCAAGCACCGAGCUGGAAAAAUGUUACCGACGGUGCGCAGAGAAUUUGGAAGCUGCGAUCAGGAGACAUUUGCUGGGUGAGCCGCCCGCAGCGCAGUCUUCGUUAAGGCCGAGAUCCGACCGGGUGAUGCAGCGGGACAUCCGUCAAGUGUACCAGGUGCCGACCGAGAGUCUCGGGAAACAGCUGCUCAAUAUUUUCCGCUGGCGGCGCAAGGACGAAUGA